CUCUUUUUUUUUAUAUAUUUUAUCUUCAUGGUUUCACGACCUAUAUCACGAUUUAUUAUUCAUCGAUCUAUUUGGAAAACGCAUAAUACAUAUCAUCCAAACAAACUUAAACAAUGUCGAAUGUUUGGUGAUCAAUCUCAACCUUUCCCUUCUCCAUACCCAAAUCGACCUAUUAUUGAAGACGAUAAAAAGAAGGAUAACGAUUUGACUAAUGAUUCUCUUAGCUCUUCCGAUACUCUCAAUAACAAAAAUGACAACAACUUUGUAUUAUUAAGUGACCGACAGAAUCCACUUCUUACUACACAACCUAAUCUACAUUUAGAAGAUACCUCAUUAUCCUUUUACCGACAACAUCACUUUGAUACCUAUCGAUUAUUACAAUCACUAGAACAACAAGGUUUUACGAGAAAUCAAGCUGAAGUAGUUAUGAAAGGUAUCAAAUUCAAACUACGAGAAAGUACAGCACGACUAAGAAAACAACUUUUACUUCGAUCUGAUCUUGAAAAUGAAUCUUAUCUAUUCAAAGCAGAAUUAUCAGAACUUCGAACAGAAAUUCAAAUCAUGCGGCGUAAUGAUACUCAAAUGUUACAAACAGAAGCAGCAAUGGUAACUAGAGAAGUAGAAGCUUUGGCACAACGAUUACGGGAAGAUGUGGCAACAAUGAAGAAUGACGUGACUUUGGAUAUGAACAAUCGCAAGAAUGAAACACAAGAAGAACAAAAGGCUAUUGAUAUGAAAAUACAAGAAAUCAACAACAAGUUUACAGUACAAAUGGGUGAAGUAAGAACUGAAUUGGAAGCUGUUAGAUGGGAAACCAUAUGGAAAGGCAUGGCUGGUGUUGCUAGUGCAGGAAUUAGUAUUGCCACACUUGGAUAUUUAUUGACAAGAUUUGCUGAUCGAAGAGCUGAAGCUGCAAGGGUGGAAAAGUUAAAAAAGAAGAAACUUCUCAAGGAAGAAGCUCGACAAUCAGGAACUGCAGAUAUGGAAGUUAUAUAUUAGAUUUUGAUGAUAUUGAGUGAUUCUUAUUGCUAGACAUAGUUUUAUUUUUUUUUAUAUAUACUUACUACAAUAAAUAAAUCUUCUUUUCUUUUACAUUA